AUGUACGCCAUUGAAACCAAGAAGAGAAAGUUUGACCGCAUUCUUGAAACCAUCAAAGACCAUGCGAACUCACGACCACCUCCUCCUGGAACACCCCCUCAAACCAGCGUAUCCACCCACUCUCUUGUUACCAGCAACUCAGCCAAGAAGAGACGAAUGGAUCAUUUAACCAUGUCAUCGAAGAAUUCAUCUACUGCGUCAAUGCCAAAAACAGCAAAUUACCUCCCUUCCAGUCGCGAAGCUUUUCUCGAACGACUGGAGACAUUCGGGCCUAUAACCAAAUGGCAUGUUCCUUCCACGGAGGAAAUUAGUGCAGUGGCAUGGGCAAAACGUGGCUGGUGGUGUAUCGAAACGGACAUGGUAGGCUGCAGGGCUUGUAGUGAGCAAAUUCUGGUAAAGCUAGAUGCAGAGGAGGAAGCCACCGCGACGGAGUCAGCUGGACAAGACAUCGAAGAAGAGGAGGAUCUCACUACUGCGGCUAUGCUACGACAUCGGCUACUGGUGGAAAAAUACAGUGACAUGAUCAUUACUGGACAUGCCCAGACGUGUCCUUGGAGGAACCGGGGUUGUGACGAAUCAAUACAACGGAUCAGCGGCCUUCUUAAUACUACAAGCACAAUACAGACGUUGAAGGCGCGUUACAAUAGUCUUGAAGGCCUUGACGUUCCGUCUGUGCACGUGUCAGUGGGGGAAUUCGAGUAUCCGACAGAGGGCGUGAUCAAAUUCAGAUUCGACGAAAAGCAGCUAGAAAUACCACAUCAAGAUACGCUACGGCUGGCAAUGUGUGGAUGGCAAUCCUCUUCAGAUCGAGAAGACAUUGUAGAAUGUCGCGCGUGUUUUCGAUCAUUGGGCUUGUGGCUCUAUAGAGGAGAACAGCCAAUUAUGGAAAAAUUGGACGCAGUCGAAAGUCACCUAGAGUACUGCCCUUGGCGCUCGGCCAGUGCUCAGAGAACAGAAACUUGGUGGGAUGAAAAGAAGACAAUGGUACCGGCUUGGGUAUUGGUUGCAAGAACGAUUAGGGAAGUUGCCCAUCGUCCAACUGUUGAUGGCACGGCCGAGACGCAGCAGGAAGAACCAACCGUAUUGGGAGAACAGGAGCGAGAGACGAAAGUGAAAGAGUUGUUGCGACGGGUGAAAGAAUUGAAGAAACCUUUCAAUGUCAAAGCAUUGCUGCGGAAGAAGCCCGCAUCGAGUUAG